AUGCGGAAGAAAUCCUUCACCACGAAAUGCCGCGUGGAUGAAGAUAAUGUUCCGGAGCCUUGUAGAAGUGUAAAUGAAGAAGCCUCGCAUAGUGAUGCAGAUUCAGAUGUUGUUCAGAUAACUCCUCUCUUUCUCAUGGAUAGUUCAGGUCAUCCAGUUUUACAGGAUGGUACACCCGUUGUUGAGCCGGAGGUGGUCAUUGAUUCAGUGUCAGAUGAAAAUUCAGCAAAUUCACGAAAUACCUCAAGAAUACCGUCUAGCUUCAGCCCAGGUGUUAUGGACUGUGUUAAAUGCACCGCUUGUUGUUAUAAAAUACAACCAUUCACUAUGCCAUUUAGUGUACAUCCAUUACUGAAAGUAUUGUUAUGCAAUCGCUGUACAAAGUACUGUGAAAAGCAAGACUUUGCGAAAGACGAGUCAGGAAAAGAUGAAAACUGCAAGUGGUGUUCGGAUGGUGGAGAUCUUGUCUGCUGUGACAACUGUUCUCAUGCAAUUUGUAAGAAGUGUAUCAGACAGAAUUUGGGAAGAACUUAUUUGCGUAAUAUUGAGUCUCUGGGUGAAUCGGAUACUUGGAAUUGUUUUGUUUGCGAUCCAACACCCAUCAAAGCACUGCAAGACAACUGUUCUGAGAUUGUCAAUAAAGUUGCAGAAUACGAAGCUAUCAAAAGACGUCGGUCAAUGAGAAGUCAGGAAAGUCGACGAUCUCGUAAUAAAAGCCAAGUUAGUGAGCCUACUGUCGGUGAUGUAUUUAAUUCAUCUUCUAGUCCCAUGAACUUUAUGAUUCCCAACACUGUAGAAAUGCCUAAACCAACCACAUUGCCAAUUCCUGAUAUACAUUAUACCAAUGUUGUCAAUCCUAAACCCAUUAUUAAAAUAAUCAAAGUCAAUACACCGACUGUUGUAAUUAAUCCUGCACCAUUAACUUCUGAAUCAAUUGAUCUUCUCAGUAUUUUUAAUCAAAUAUCUAGUGUGAAUGAAACAAAUGUUAAAACAGCUUUACGUGCUUCUCAAAAGUGUUUAGAUAUAUUUCUGAAAGAUAUUCGUCGAUUAGAAAAUAAUCUAAUGCGUAAUCCACCGUUAAUGCAGUUAAGUCAAGUGGCUCAAUCAUUUCAAAGUAUUUAUAAAUUUCAUUUAUUUACACGUUUGGGUAAUUUAAGCGCCAGAAUGCUAGAAGAAGAAGAACUCAUUAACAAGACAUCAAGAAAUACUAUUAUUAAUAACAAUAAUAGUAAUAAUAAUAAUAAUAAUAAACAAACAAUCUCAUUCCAUCCAGUGCCUAUACUUCCAAAAGUCAGUACAAUUCCUAUUUCUGUUCCUAUACCGACUAAUUCAAUGAGUAUGACAAUUGAUUUAACAAAUGAAGACAGUCCUUUGAAAUCCAACACUUCAGAGAGUGAAGCAUUACUCGUCAGUUCCGAAUUGAUUCGUACACAACAAACAACACCUACAGUUACAAACGAUAUUGACAAUAUCAAAAGUAAUAGUAAUAAUAAUAACAGUUACAAAAGAAGGUUAUGCGAAUCAGAAAGUGAAGAAAAAUUGGAGUGUGGAAAAAAGCUCAAAUUAGGUCUGAUUACUGAAUCGGACACAGUAAAACGAGAGGAUGGAUUAUGUAAAGAAAAGAAGCCAUCUGAGGAAGAAGAUUUAGAAAGGGAAUUGCAUAAUUUGGAACGUAUCUGCACUAAGGCUAUUAACAGUAGUCUGUUGGAGCAAUCUCAAUCUAGUACAAUUGAAAAACAGCAUGAUGAAUCAAUUGAAAAUCUCAAACAUGACAAGAAGAAUACUGAGAAUACUACUGAAAAUGAGAACACUGUUAAUCGACGAAUAACUCGUAGGUCGUGUAAAACAACUGAUACAAAAACAGAUGAAUUUGAAGAUGAUUCAUGGUCGAUUGAAGAGAAUAUUAUAAAUUCAUCAUUCCAAAAUAAUAGUAAUAAUAAUAUUAAUCCAGAUUCCACUUUUGAUGGUUCUGAAGCAAAUGAUCCUCUAGUCUCUGGUGAGAAUGACACGCAAAUUUUACUACAAGAUCAGCUGGAAAGAAAAACAAACGAUUAUUUGCACAACUUAAAUGCUCGUGAUGCUUUAUUAAAAUCUAGUUCAGAUGAUGAUGAUGACAGUUCCGGUGAAGGUGGUAAUGAUGAUCAUGCUGUUGACGACGGCGACGACAACGAUGUACGAGAUGAUGAAAAAGUUGCAGAUAACCUCAUCAAGAGGAAGAAACUUACACCUGAUGCAAUAAAUGGUAAUAGCGCCAAUGAUAAUAAUAUUACGGAAGAUGUCACACAUAGUAGUGAUUCAAAUACUUCUCAGAAGGAGACACCUUCAUGUGCUGAUGUAGAAAAAUCUCUUGAGUCAUCUGAUCCCUUUGUACGCUUAACGCGUCUAACCAAUGCGGCUGUGAAUGAGAAAUUAGAAAAUCAUAAUAAUAAUAAAAAAGCGAAUAAAGUCCAUCAUUCUUCACUACUCGAUGAUGACGAUGAUGAUGAUGAAGGGGAGGACAACAAAAAUAACGACAAUCAUGAUGUUGAUUUAGACAAGUAUAGUCAGUCAACAAUAUCUCUUUCUAAUAGUAAAACCAGUAAAAAGCCUAAUAGGCGAACUCGGAGAGUACUUUCUAGUUCUGAAUCUAAUGGUGAUGACGAUGAUGAUGAUGAUAAUGGUGAAGAAAGUGAACAAAGCACAUCUAAUGAAUCGCACAAUUCUAAACAACUAAAAUCUCGUCAUAAAGUCAAAUCGAAUAAGUUAACAACUCUUCGAAUUACUAGAUCACAAAAACAAUUACCGUCAGGCAAAUCAAAAGUGCUUCGCUCUGAUGAUGAUGAUAAUGGUGGUGGUGGCGGUGGCGGUAAUGAGGAUGCGGAAGAUGAAGACAAUGACGACGAAGAAGAAGAGGAAGGAGAUGGUGAGAAAGAAAAGAAGAGGAAACAGAAGGAGACAAAGAAGAAGAAGAAGGCGGAUGCCGAUUCUCCAACUGACGAAACAGUUACUAAGAAACGUCAACAGAAAUCUUAUCGUAAGCGAAAGCUGAGACGUGUACACCUAGCGAAUUCAGAUGAGAGUGGUGAUAAUAAUAAUAGUGAAGAAGAUGAUAAUGAUGAUGAUGAUGCGAAUCUAAAGAAGGCCAAAGAAGAUAAAGAUAAAGCAGAAAAAAGAGGUGAAGAGGAAACAGAUGAAGGAUUAGAUUCGAAAGGUCGGAAGAAGAUAAGACGAAUAUACACCACUAAUAAACUGUCUGAAGCUACUAAGGCUGCACAAGCCAAUGAAGAAGAACGUCGACGUCGUAUAGCUGAGCGACAGAAAAUGUAUAAUGAAUUCGUUGUACAAGAUGGUGAAGGCAUCAAUACAGUUACAACAAAGUUGAUUUUAGAUCCUGGUGAUCCUAUUAUCGAAGUACAUCCAGGAAUAUUGAAGCAUUUAAAGCCACAUCAAGUUGAAGCUGUUCGCUUUCUAUGGGAUUGUACCAUAGAAUCAGUGGAGCAUCAAAAAUCGUGCAAUAAUGAAUCAUCAUCUUCGACAACUGGGAAUGGUGCAAUUCUUGCUCAUUGUAUGGGAUUAGGCAAAACACUGUCUAUCAUCUCUUUCCUGCAUACACUACUCAGAUAUCCAGAACAAUUAAAUAUUCGAACAUGUUUAAUUAUCUGCCCAGUGAAUACAUUACUCAACUGGAAACAUGAAUGGGAUAUAUGGUUGCCGGAAGAUGAACCUGUCGAUGUAUUUGAAUUAGCCUCAAAAGGUAGUAGUAGAUUCAAGUUGGAUAUUCUAAACAAUUGGCAUAAAAAUGGUGGUGUACUUAUCAUUGGUUAUGAUAUGUUUCGUAAUUUUGUUAUGACAUUAAUGAAACGAUCAAGAAGUAAAUAUGUGAAAACUACAAUCUCAACAGGUUUACUUAAUCCUGGUCCAGAUAUUGUUGUCUGUGAUGAAGGACAUUUAAUGAAAAAUGCUAAAACGCAUAUAUCGAAGGCUGUAACACAAAUUCGUACUACUAAACGUGUUAUAUUAACUGGAACACCGUUACAGAAUAAUCUCAAUGAAUAUCAUGCAAUGGUUGACUUUGUCAAACCAAAUUUAUUAGGUACUCUUAAAGAAUUUAAUAAUCGUUUCGUUAAUCCAAUUAAAAAUGGACAACAUUCGAAUUCUACGCCAAGAGAUGUUAACAUAAUGAAGAAAAGAGCUCACAUUUUAUAUAAAACGUUGGAUGGAUGUGUUCAGCGCAGAGAUUACAGUGUAUUAACUAAAUAUCUACCGCCUAGGCAUGAAUAUGUGAUUAUGUGUAGAUUAACAAAAGUUCAACAAGAAUUAUAUGCCUAUUAUUUAGAAAAUUUUAAUGAUCUGGAUAUCACUAAUAAUAAUCGAGAUGAUACGCAUCGUCGGAAGACAUUGUUUACAGUUCAACAAACACUCUAUCGGAUAUCUACACAUCCUUAUGCAUUACGAAUACAUGAAACCAAAGAAGCUCGUAAAAUGCUUCUAAUGAGUGAGGAUAGUUUUAUUGAUGAUUCAGCAGAUUCAUUAGAAUCUUCUACAUCAAGUAAUUCAGCUCCUUCAGAUACUAGUGAAGAAGAAGACGACGACGAUGAUGUUGUCGUUGAUGCUGAUGCUGAUGACGCUGUUAAUAAUCCUAUUGGAAAGAAGAAAAAGACUAAAAUUGAUCAAACUGGUGAUAAUGUUGACCAAAAGAACAAAGAGAACAACAAUACAGUGAAUAAAAAAUCUCGUAGUCGACGUCGUCGUCCUUUAACUCGUCAAGAAGCAAAAAAUCCAACAACAGUUAUCCUUGAUUCAGACAGUAAUCAUGAUGAUGAGGAUGAUGAUGGUGAUUCUGACAGUGUUACAGACAUUGAUGGAUCUCAAAAACUCUGGUGGUAUCAAUUUUAUAAAGAUGAAUAUGACUGGCAAAUUAAUGUAGGCGCUAAAAUGGAUGUUCUCUUUAAUAUAUUGAAACGUUGUUCAGAUAUUGGUGAUAAAGUGAUCAUGUUUUCGCAUAGUUUAAUAUCAUUAGAUUUAAUUGAAAAGUUUCUAGCUGAAAUUAAUCGUCAAUGGUCAGUUCUUCAGAACCAGUCUUCAGACCAGAAAACGGAUGAGAAUGUAGAAAAUGCUGAUACAUUAAAUCGUCCAGAUUUAUCAGCAUAUUUCUCUGAUAUCGGACAUAAUACAUGGAUACGUGGUUUAGAUUAUGAACGUAUGGAUGGUAGUAUGAAUGUGAAUGUACGUAAAGAUUUACAGGCACGUUUCAAUUCAACAACUAACACACGUCUACGAUUGUUUAUUAUAUCAACUAAAGCUGGUGGUUUGGGUAUUAAUUUAAUCGCUGCAAAUCGUCUUGUCCUACUCGAUGCAUCAUGGAAUCCAAGUCAUGAUAUACAAUCAAUAUUUAGAAGUUAUCGUUUUGGUCAGCAUAAACCAGUGUAUAUUUAUCGUCUGAUUGCCCAAGGAACAAUUGAAGAAAAAAUCUAUGAUCGACAGGUAACGAAACAAUCUUUAUCCCUACGCGUAAUUGAUGAACUACAAAUUGAUCGACACUUUUCAGAUGAUGACUUACAAAAAUUGUUCACUUUUGAACCAGAUAUCUGGAAUCCUGAAGAUAAUGACGAUAAACGUCCAACACCCAUACUGCCUAAAGAUCGUUUACUCGCUGAUCUGCUUACAGAAUAUCGACAUUUAAUAGCCACCUAUCAUAAUCAUGAUUCAUUAUUACAGCAUAGAGAAGAUGAAGGCUUAACAGAAGUAGAACGUCAAGAAGCCUGGCGAGAGUAUGAAGAAGAAAAGCAGUACGGUAUGUCAUUAGCUGAACAUCAACGUCUAGUAAUGUUACAACAACAAUGGAUAGCUCAACAACAACAACAAAUUCAACAACAGCAACAAUUAUUUCAUCUACAAUAUCUUCAACAACAACAACAACACCAACUACAGCAACAUCAACUCCAGCAUUUUAUAUUGCCAAAUUUUCAAUUUCCUAUCGUCUCAUCACCAAAUACUAGUGGACAGACAAUUGUUAUUAGUGAUGAUAAUAGUAAUAAUAGUAAUAAUAACGAUAGUCAAGUAAUAAUAACAUCACCACCACCAGUGCUGCAUAGCGGUAAUGUUGUGCCUAAUAAAAAUACUAAGAAGAAUAAGAAUAAUAAUAUUAAUAAUACUGCUGUGACAAAUCUAACUACAGGUUCUCCUAUCAUCACUACAAUGACGACGACAGCAUCUGCUACUGAUGUUCAUCAUUCAGCUGGCUCGCAACUAAUUGCCGAUAUUAGUACCAUUACUAACAACUUUGGUAAUAGUAGUAAUAGUAGUGCAUCGAUAGCUGUACAACCGUCAAGAAUGCAACAAGCACGUUAUAUAACACCAGCUAUUAAUAAUUUGCCAAGUAAUGCUUAUGGUAGAAUGUAUUCACAAGUUCGUCGUGGUGCUAUCCUUAAAGAUCCUAGUUUAAUAUCGGAUCCAGAGAAAUUGGAUAAAUUAACAAUGAAUAAAUUAGUGAGUGUAUUAACCACUCCAGUGUUAGUCAAUACUGA